UCGCACGCAAACAUAAAAGUACAACACCUUGUCCUCCUCUACCUGUCAGUCUCCCCUCGUUUCACAGCAAUCUCCAUUGACAGAGAAGAAGGUCGGAACGAUGUCGUGCUUAGCAUCUUGCUGUGCAACUGCCACGUGCGGACUCUGCACAUCGAUCGCCUCAGGGAUCUCGAAGAAAUCAGCGAGGAUUGCUUACUGUGGCCUAUUCGGCGUCUCUUUGAUCGUUUCUUGGAUUCUCAGAGAGGUUGCAGCUCCUCUUUUGGAGAAAUUCCCAUGGAUAAACACCUCUAAUACCCAUUCCAAGGAAUGGUUUCAACAACAAGCAGUUCUUCGUGUAAGCUUGGGGAAUUUCCUGUUCUUUGGCCUUUUCGCACUUAUAAUGAUUGGUGUGAAGGACCAAAAUGACAGACGUGAUUCAUGGCAUCACGGUGGAUGGAUCUUUAAGAUGAUCAUUUGGGUUUUGCUUGUCGUCCUUAUGUUUUUUCUUCCAAAUGAAGUCAUCUCAGUAUAUGGAAUUAUGUCAAAAUUCGGUGCAGGCUUAUUUUUAUUGGUUCAAGUGAUUAUACUACUAGAUUUUACACACACUUGGAAUGAUGCAUGGGUCGAGAGAGAUGAGCAAAAAUGGUAUAUCGCUUUGCUUAUUGUAUCAGUUGCUUGCUAUCUUGCGACAUUUACAUUCUCAGGAAUUCUGUUCAUCUGGUUCAAUCCUUCUGGUCAUGACUGUGGUCUAAAUAUCUUCUUCAUUGUCACGACCAUGAUUCUUGCGUUUAUUUUUGGUAUUGUAGCGUUGCAUCCUGCGGUGAAUGGCAGCCUCUUACCUGCUUCUGUGAUAUCAGUUUAUUGUGCUUAUGUGUGCUACACUGGUCUCUCAAGUGAACCACGUGACUAUGUUUGCAAUGGUCUUCACAACAAAUCCAAAGCAGUCUCCACAAGUACCCUUAUUCUUGGAAUGCUCACAACAGUACUCUCUGUCCUAUAUUCUGCUGUCAGGGCUGGAUCUUCAACAACAUUUCUAUCACCGCCAUCUUCACCCAAGUCAGGUGGGUCGAAACCCCUGCUUGAAGGUGAAGAUGUAGAAGGAAACGAGAAGAAAAAAGGAACAGAAGCUCGACCGGUCAGUUAUUCGUACUCGUUUUUCCACGUUAUAUUUGCCCUCGCUAGUAUGUAUUCAGCAAUGUUACUGUCUGGAUGGACAAACUCUUCCAAGAACUCGGACCUGAUUGAUGUGGGAUGGACAUCAGUUUGGGUUCGGAUCGGCACAGAAUGGGUCACUGCUGGGCUUUACAUGUGGACUCUUGUUGUGCCUCUGCUUUUCCCUGAUCGCGAGUUCUUUUAGGUGUCUUUUCCAUGAUCUCUGAUUGCGUCAGAUGCUUUUAAUUUGUUCAGUAGUAUGUGUAAGUGAGCUUUUGGUAUUGUGUCUAUGUACAUAAUGAAAUCUAUAUAAGAUUAGUGUAGUGUGCUAUACAUAAGGUUGUUUGAUUAAUUUGUGCUCUGAGACAGCUUAUCUCUUCAGGGGUUCGACAUGAUUGACGCAUAUGCAUUCAUUUAUUUGAUGACACCAAUACACAACAUAUUUGCUGCA